AUGAAGUCUCUUCUUCUCGCUGUGUUUGUCGCUGCUGCUGCUGCUGCGUCGACAAUCGGCGUCCCUCUCGUCCCUUGCGACACGCCAGAAGGUCGUCACGGAGUCUGCCAGGUUACCCCCAGGUGCUUCGGCACUUCCGUGUGGUAUCUCCUUACUCCAGUCCAUCAUGCUGUCGGUGGUAUAUGCUUCUACUCGAACUGUCUUGAGCAAAAGGUCCCCUGUGGGCCGGACGGCUACGCUCUCGCUUACGGAGACCACUACUGCAACCGCUUCUCAGCCGCAAGUCCACAGCUCUCCACGGGUGGCCAGGAAUGGGUCACCAAGACGAUGCUCUGUCUGCAGCGGAAAUUGGUGUCUGUGGCUACGGGUGAAGAUGAACAGACCUGCUCUGCCGUGAAGGAGUUUGCCUUCUCGACGCACCCGGAAUGCUACAUCGAGGGAGGAGUCUGUCUACUUCCCCCGAGCGACUGGCUGACCAUCGUGGACACGGUUGGGUUCAUGGAGCUGUUUGAUAGCAUCGACGCCCUGGCUGCCACGCUCAGAACAGUCAAGGGCUGUCUCGACUUUUAUCUCUGGCUCAUCAGAAACCAUUUCAUCCAUUCAGAUGAGUCAACCAGCCAACUUCGACCAGAGUAA